CACACGUUCGACGGAAUGUCUGAGAAGCUCAACUACGAAGAAAACAUCCAAACGGAAGCGGCUGGUGGCGAGGACCGCAUCAGCGCCCUCCCGGACGAACUCCUCCAGUACGUGAUGUCGUUCCUGCUUUCCCGCGACGCCGUGCGGACAUGCGUGCUCGCUAGGCGCUGGCGCACGCUCUGGAAGUCCGUGCCCGCCCUACGCAUUGAUGACCCCGACAGCUACCACGGUGCUACGGGCUCCAGCACGUUUGUCGACGAGCUGCUUCGUCUCCGUGACCCAACGCCUCUGAAUGUAUGUGACAUCCGUUCUGGUUGUCAGGAGACUGCGAACACCAAUUGGGCCAAGGAGGCAUUCCGACACAUGGAACCAUGGCUCCUGUAUGCUUUAUCCUGUCAAGUUCCAGUGCUUCGGAUUUGUUUUCCCUGGCGGGUAAUCAACAUGACUCUUGUCUCAUCGCACUUGAAGAGGUUACAUCUUUACCGCAUGCGAUUUGAGGGAUGCUCUCUGGAUUUUUCGAGCUGUCAGGUGCUAGAGGUGUUAGAGAUGAAAGCUUGUCAUAUCCAUGUGAAUCUCUUGUCCCAGUCAUUACGAUUUCUUAAAAUUCACAACACGAGUUUUGGUUUUGAUCCCCGCACUCGUAUUUCUGCCCCAAAUCUCAUUGGCUUCAGACUAGCUCCAUUUUACGGUUUGGCUCCUUUGCUUGAUAGCAUGCCAUCACUGGUAGCAGCAUCUAUUACACUUGGAGAAAUGUGCGAGGAAAUGUGUUACUGUGGAAAUCUAUCAUGUGGGGGAUGCGAUGCUCAAGCCGGUAACAACGACUAUCAUGUGGCUCUCCAAGGUUUGUCAGGUGCUACGAAUUUGAAGUUGACAACAAUAUCUUAUCCGAUAAGGCUGUCUGUUUUGAGAAUGGAUUUGACAUGGCGCCCCAUGUUUAGGAAGCUAAAAAAGUUGUUGCUCAAUGAGUGGUGUGUGGCUGAUGAUUUCACUGGAUUGAUUUACUUUCUCCAGCACUCACCCAUUCUAGAGACACUGAUACUUCAGCUUGAUUUGCAAACUUUUGAGGAUUAUCAUUUGAACGAAAUUGAAGGAAGUUGUAACUCAAGGGAACAAUCAUUGCUAUCACAACAUCUCAAGGUAGUCAAAAUUAUAUGUGGCACGCAGGAAGAUGUGAUAGUUCACCGUAUUUCAAAGAUCCUAUGUGCCCAUGGAGUACCUUCUGAGCAAAUUGAGAUAGAAUAGACCUUCUGUUUGAUUGGUUCCAUUUCUAUUGGGUGGCGUUGUUUGGCUGGUCUACUUCGCCCUCCGUUCUUCGGUUUUCAUGGAUCUAGCUCCAUCAAGUUGCUGCUUUUCGUCUACUAGCUAAGUGUCUCAUUCCUAUGAACUCGCUCAUAUGUAAUUUGCUGGGUACUUUUUGCUCGGGUGCAGUAAGAACAUGUUGAAGUGUCGCCGUAGUCCUAGUGCACUUCUGCUCAUUUGCUGAACCGAGCGUGAGGCCUGAACCUAUUUUCCUGCUGAAGGCCUAUGUUUUGGUAAGAUGUUUCAGGGACCUGUCUAGGGUUGUUUCAGGAUUGUGCUAAUUAAUGUGUACGGUGUGAUUGUCUGGCUUCUUUCUGAACUUACCGUGUUGGUUCAGUGUGUUCGUGCACGACAAGUUACACAAACUCUGCAACACACAUAAAUUGAACCGCAACAUAUAGACAGAGGAUAGAAAAAACACAUGAGUUUUGUAAACUCAGUUCCCGAAAUGUUUGAAACUCUCAAGACGCAGAGCAUCGGCGGCCGUAGAAGGUGAAGCGCGUAGUGUGUGGGGGAGGGACUGAAGAAGCAUCGCUCUCAUCAUCCGUCGGCAAGCUGCUUGUGGAAUGGAGUAAAUUGUAAUAACAACCAUAAUUGUGAACCCUAAAUAAACAUAGCACGACAAUUUUUUUGGCAAAAGAAAAAUCCGGUUUUCUGUUGACAAUUUGCCGAAAGCACUGAUCGGUCGAUUAGCAGCACCUGACACUAAAUCUGAUGGGUGGCUCCCUCCAUAAGUGAUGAUGUGG